GGGAUUAUAGCACUUUAUAAUGAUAUCUUGUAUACACAGGGAUUAUAGCACUUUAUAAGGAUAACUUGUAUACACAAGGAUUAUAGCACUUUAUAAGGAUAACUUGUAUACACAAGGAUUAUAGCACUUUAUAUGGAUAACUUGUAUACACAGGGAUUAUAGCACUUUAUAAGAAUAACUUGUAUACACAAGGAUUAUAGCACUUUAUAAGAAUAACUUGUAUACACAGGGAUUAUAACACUUUAUAAGGAUAUCUUGUAUACACAAGGAUUAUAGCACUUUAUAAGAAUAACUUGUAUACACAGGGAUUAUAACACUUUAUAAGGAUAUCUUGUAUACACAGGGAUUAUAGCACUUUAUAAGAAUAACUUGUAUACACAGGGAUUAUAACACUAUAAGGAUAUCUUGUAUACACGGGGAUUAUAGCACUUUAUAAGAAUAACUUGUAUGCACAAGGAUUAUAGCACUUUAUAAGAAUAUCUUAUAAAGUGCUAUAAUCCCAUUUGACCACAAUUGUGUAUCUGUGGCAGUCAGAGUGAGCACAAUAGUUGAUGGAGGAAAUCAUUGAAAGUUCUGGCACUUGGAUUUAUUGACCCCUGACAAGGCCUGUUUGUUGAUAUAGUUUGUCAUCAUCACGACAUGUCUCAACAUCACCAUUGCCUUCACUUCUGCUAUCUUCAUGCCUUUUUUUUUAAUUCUCUAAGAGCCCUAUACUUUCAAUCAGUCUAUAAAAGCCUAAUCCUCAUGCUAAUUUCAAAAUUCAUCAGCCUCGGUCUUCGAGCACCCCCUGGUGAUGAAUUAUUUCUCUAGAAGUAAUUAAUUUGCAUCACAUAAAUGCCAGAUAGUUUAGUUUAAUUCAAAGGGUAGCAUGGGACAUUGAAAAUUAUUUUUAUAAAGUGUAUUUAAUCCUCGGUAUAUGUAAACAGGAAUAGAUGUUUUACAGUUGUAUUCUUUAUACUUUUUUUUCUCUUCAAAAAAGUUUUAAUAUGAUGUGAACAGAAAUAAAGAUACCCUCUAACUCAUAAAAUUACAGUUUUCUUUCAACUUUUUUUGGGAAACUGUGUAAGAGAAAUUUGUAAGUUCACCCGAGCACAAUGUAGUGAUCCAUGUCCAUUUCUGUAUCUGUUCUUUGUACAGAGUACUUGUAUUUAUAAUGAUGAUUGUCUUGGUCUGUUGUGACAAAGUGAGACGAACAUUUCCAGUAAACCUCAUCUGUCUGAUGGUGUUUACUCUCUUGGAAUCCUUUCUUCUUGGUACUACAGCUAGUUACUAUGGCCAUGAUGAAGUGAUGAUUGCAGCUGGAAUAUGUACCUUUGUAUGUUUAGGCCUGACCAUCUUUGCUUUCCAGACAAAGUGGGACUUCACAAUGUUUGGGGGCAUGUUGUUUGUGGCUCUACUGGUUUUGGUGUGUUUUGGCUUCAUUUGCAUAUUCAUUCCAGGAAGGUACCUUGUCUUUGACACCCAAAUGAUGCUUGGAGGAAAACAUCGCUACAGUUUAUCUCCAGAAGAAUACAUUAUGGCCGCUCUCAAUAUUUAUGUGGAUAUUGUACUCCUCUUUUCCUUCAUCCUGGAUAUUGUGGGGUUUGCAAACCGUGGAUAAGCCUCGGAAAUAUAUUGUUUCUCACACUACCUGGUGUAUGAUACACAGCUGGUUGUUGGAGGGAAACAUGAGUAUGCUCUUUCUCUUGAGGGAUACAGCUCUGACUCUUUACCUUGAGAACUGUAGGAGCAGCUAAAAACUAAUAGUCACUAUACACACUCAAUCAUCCUAUUUUCUUAAACCUAUUUCAGUAAAUUUGAAUUAUGCAUUGUAUUUGGUGUACUAGAAUAUUUCUACUAAACUAAUUUAAGAUAUGAUUUUAUUAAAUAUUUUUUGAACUUAAUAAGAAUCUAAUAGUAAUAUCGUUUGCAUGGCAUUGAUCUGAUAAUGUUUUCAGCCUUUUUUUUUUUUCUGUUUCGUGUAUAUUCGUUACUGCAAGAAGAUUGAAAGACAGGAUAGUAAUAAAUAAGGUUUUAUGUUUCUCCCCUUUUGUUAAAACCGGUAAAAUUGAGGUAGAUAGAGGAUUAAUAUAUAUAUAUACGUGUACAAAGUUUUCAAAAUAUGAAUACAUUAUUAUAUUUAAAAAGAAAUUACACGGGUUGAAAAUUGUGCCACCAUUAUGAAAAAGUAAAUAUAUUUUGUCUCUGGUACCAGCAUGUUUGACGAGUCUUCUUAUUAAUGACGUACGGAAUGUUAUUUUCACUUUUCAAAGAACUUGGCAUGUGUAUUAAUUCUCUAAACUGCUAUCCAAGAUAUCCCUAAAGUAGUUAGUCUUAUAAAUGUUUUAACACUUGGUAUGUUUUUCAUGCCUGCUUGAAAUCGACAUGCGGUAAGCAUUGCUCAGUAAUAAAUAGAAGUUACCGUAUUUGCCCGAAUAUAAUGCACACUUUUUUCCCUCCAGCUACCUACCAAAAAAUUGAUUGCGCGUUAUAUUCGUGCAUGUUUAAUUUUGUUAGGCAUUUUACUAGAAGCUAAUAUCAAAAAUCAUUAAAUCAUCAUUAAAGCUUUAAGAAAUGCUGCAUAUUCAAUACAAUGGACGAGACAGAUGAUUACAUGCUGUGAGAAUCAGAAGAGGAUGAAGCAAGGGUUCGAGGAAGGAGAUCUGAUGGUAGCGAAUGUUCUAGCGACGACGAAGAUUUAUGUGAAGAUGAAUGAUUAGCUUAGUGUAUUACCACAUAUAAACUUUUCAAUUAAUUUUGUAAAAUUGACAUGUAAAAAAAAUCUCAAUUAAAGAUUUCCAAAAAAAAUUUAAUACAUCGAUAGUCAUUUACUGUAUUUAGAAACUAUUCAAUACAUUUAUACAACUGAUGUGUAAAAAAACAAAUCAAAUUUAACCUUUUAAAAUUGGGUGCGCAUUAUAUUCGAGCAAAUGCAGUAAGUAUAGCUACUUUGGGUAAAUCGUGAAAUGUCUUUCUUUAUGUUGACACUAAGUAUCACGUUCAACACAUAGUUUAGUGUACAAAUCAUCAGAACCUAAUGUAUUACUUUUCUUAACGUAACAAAAGUUUUAUGACGAAUUUUGAUCAAACUUCAAACGUAUUUCUAAAGCCGUGAAGUCUUCUAUUCACUAUUAUCCUAACUCUGGAGUAAUACUUGCAAACUUCCUUUUAAGAAUAACAAUGUUUAUAUGGUUUUGAAAAAACAAUGAAAUAUUUAUAAACAUAAUAUAAAAGUUUAAGAUAUAUAUGAACCUUGCGAUUUUUUUUUUUUCUUCUAAUUCGUUAUGCUUGCCGAAGAUUUAGUAAAGGUCAUAUUUCUGGUAUUUAGAAUGUGAAGGCUGAUUGUUUCUAAGAAUCUUUGUAUAAUCUUUUCCCCAUAACCAUUGGAACAAAAAAAAAGUUAUUUCCUGCAUGUGAAUGUGGGAUAUUUUUGUCUUUUUAGUGUGACAUUUUCAAAAGUCAUCAAGCAAAGGAAACUUUCAAGUUUCUAGAAUGUCUGUUUAAAAGAAUUAUUGCAUAGUUUUGUGGGUGUUUUUGAUGCUUUUAUCAAUGUAUAUGCUAUCCAGCAUUUUUGUUAAUACUGCAUUAUAUUAAAGAUCAGUUUAUCAGUACAUGGAUAGUUUCUAAGGUUAUGAUAAUCCUAGUCAAUAUACAAGUGUCACUAGAGGGCACUAUUGUAACUAGAUGCCAAGUUGAGUAAAUAGGUCUAUGAAGUAAGGCUUUUUCGGUACUGAAUUGUUGUACCGAGUGUUUACUAGAAGUACUUUCAAAUUUCACAAAACUAUCAGUUUGAGGUUGUUUCACCACCAUGAUGAAUAGAUUAUAAAAAACAUAACACACAACUUGUAAUUCUUUCAGUAACUCGUGGUUUGUUGAUGCACUAGCUUUAGGCUUACACUGGCUUGUUGGCUAGAUUUGAUUUUAUAAACAUGGAACCUUUCACAUACGUAUUUUAUAAUUCAAUAAUAAGCCAGACCUGGAGAUGACUUGAAAAUUUUUAAAGAUUCAAGCUCUGAACAAUACACUGUAAAAAUCAGAUUUUUUACCUUUAUUUUGAAUAUUGUUUACUUUUUACACUGAUUUUAAAAUAGAAGAGCCAUGGAGCAUCUGUAGAUGAUUGAAAUGUUAGCAAAGUCUUAAAAGUUGUACAUUUAGGAACGAAAUUAAAGUUUUAUAAAAAGAAAACAAUUACUUGCAUCAUUAAACAAGUUCUUAGAUACCAGAAUUUUCUCAUAUUCUAGAAGCAUGUACGUGGAACCAACCAAUGGAAGAUUAAACAGGCAAGAAUGUAUUACACGUAUAGAUGUGUAAAACUUGAAAAUGUGGUAGUACAAGUAGAUUCUGUGAUACGAGUUCAUUUAUGCAAGAUGGUUUUGUAAUUUUUUUUCCUAAAUAAUUUAGUUCUUUAUUUGUGUAUAUAUUUUAUACAUAUGUGUAAAAUGAUAGUUUUUUUUUAAACUUGGGUUUGAAUGUGUACAGUCCAACAGUAAUUCUGCAACUUAAGUUUAUUUCCAAUGCAAGAGAUAUUUAUCUGUUGUUAUGGUUAAUUAUUAAUGUUAGACAACGUUAUAUAUAUAUCUGUUAAAGAAAUGGUCAUUUCCAAAGUUUACUUUUAUUGUAGACUUUUAUUAAUGUAUGAUGCACUUCAAUAGAAAUAUUGUAAAACGCAGGCGAUUUUAAAGAAAAUCAACAUAGUUACAGCUAUUUUUAUGGCAAGCUUUGAUUUAUGUUUGGAAAUAUUUAAAGAUGGAAACGAGGCAAGUUAAAUCUUGAAUUUAAAUUUAUCGAUAUAGUGUAUUUUAGAAACUGUGACUUUGUUUGCUUGUAUUUGUUUAAAUGUGGUUUAUUGAAGUCUAAACAUUCUAUUGUCAUAUAUUGACCCUUAUAAUGUGUGAGAGGAGUAUCCCAUAAAGCACUUAUUUCAGAGAAGAAGAAAAAAUAUAUAUAUAUUUAACAUUAAACCUUGUGAAAACGUUCCUAGCAUUUAACUAAAAUACUUGAUUUAAACUUGUAGCACCUUUUCCUACAAACCUAACAAGAAAAAAACAAGUUGAUUGGUCAAGAGUAAAACAUUUGUUAAGAAAUUUGUUGAAUUUCAUCCACAGAGGUUACCAAAUUUUUUAACAAAGAUUUGUAACUUAGGUUGUUGUAAGGUUUCAGGGUUUAAUAAAGCAAUUUGAGUGUGAUCUUA